GCGCGCUGCCAAAUCAAAUUGCCAACGUGCACGUGAAAGAUUGUUAGGCGAUCGAGUUGUCGGGUUUCCACACAUUCCAUCGGGCGGCAUGGCUUCUGUACCUCGACUUCACGAAGCUGUCCGACAGGAUAAGUGUCGUCUUGUCGCAAAGCUUAUAUCCGAAGGCACAAAUGUAGACGCUUUGGAUAGCAACGGCAACACCGCUCUUUUCAACGCCAUCACCGAUGGUAGCCUCAGCGCCGUGCCGUACCUGCUGCUGGCCGGCGCUAAUCCCAAUUUUCGAUGCAGCGGCCAGGCAACGCCAGUCCAUGCCGCGUGCAAGCGUGGGAGCCGCAGCCUCCUGCAGCAGCUGCUCGAGUGUGGCGGCGACUUACGUCUGCGCGACGAGCGCGGUCGCACUCCCCAGGACUGGGCGGUUGAACAGAGCGACCCACAGUGCCGACGGAAGCUGCUCACGUUCAUCAACACUAAACGUGCUAUUGCUUACCGCUUUGACGACCCCAGCGGCCUGCUAGAAGACGAGGCGCAACACGGCCCUGAAGCUGCUUUACUUCGGAGGCGCUUAGGCCGAGUGCGCAAGCUGGCUUGCCACGAGCGGCUCAAAGCCGACGGAGGCUUUGGCGUGGUGUACUGCAGCCCCUCAAAGGAAAUGGGUGCAUCCACAUUCAUUCCUUUCAUAUCCAGCAUCUAUCUUUACUCCUGCGACGAGAGCAUGGUCACCUGGAGUGGACCUCAAUCAGUCAUUCAGACCAUGUAUUGGGACAAGCUCAAAGUGUCCGUGAAGAAGUCUUCCCUUAGCGGCAGCAACUACAAGGGGCCCAGGACGGACGUGCUCGUAUCAGAGCUGGAGAACAUUCGGAAGAUCACCUACCACUCCUACUUCCUUUGGCCGCUGGCUGUGAGUCCGGUGCAGAAUAUGGACGACGUGAUGCUGGUGUUUGAGCUCGUCCAAUUCGGCUCUCUCUACGACGUUCUCCACAACUCUCCCGACUCUGCACUAAGCAAGGCGCAGCAAGUGAUGAUGGUUCAGCAAGCAUGCGAGGCCCUGCUUUUCCUGCACAGCCGCAGAUUGCUCCACGGCUGUCUCUCGUCCCACAGCAUCUACGCAGUGACUCCCUUUGUCGGAAAGCUGGGUGGCUUCGAGUUUCUUUGCCACAGCGAGGAGGUUGGCAAAGAACAAAAGUAUGUGCCUCCUAGCGAAGAUGCUCUCGAUUAUUACUACCACUGGAUGGCACCGGAAGUCCUGGCCGGCAGACAGCCCACAAGGGCCUCGGACCUUUACCAGAUGUGCGUUGUCCUCUGGGAACUUUUUACGGAUGAAAUCCCUUGGGAAAAUGAGGAUCGAAGCACCGUGUACCGCCAACUAGUGCAAGAGCGCAAUCGUUUGUACGUGGGCUCGGAAAUACCCUCACCAUUGGGUCACCUAGUAGAGGCCGGGUUGGCGCCGAGUGUUGACGAGAGGGACACGGACCUCGAGGAGGUCUACCAAGUCCUCUCCAUUAUGGUGCACGAGAACUACAACAAUGCUAGCCUGUCGCUCAUCCGAAGGGACUCGCAACCCAAAAAGAAGGCAGCCGCAAAGAGUGUUUUUACGGGGCAGGAAUUCGCGCCUCAUAUGACCAACAGGUCGUCGGCAAUCCUGGACAAUGCAUCAGACACUGUUCUGGACGACCUUAUCAGCUUGGACGACGACAGCCCAAAAUUUCGUCGGCAAAGAAUGGACGGCAAGCUAGACGGCAUUUCCGUGUGCUCCAGUGUAGACGCCGUGGAGUAUGGGGAGCCCUGCAAGGCAAGCCGCCAAGAUAAAACGGAAGCUUUCACGCAGACAGACAGCCGUCCUCCGAGGCCCAGGACCGGGGUAUUCGCUCCAACAAGUUCAGCUACAAGCAUUCGCAUGACGAAGCACGGCGACGCGUACAAGUCAGUGACGAAGGCAAGUCCCCCGGAACCUCCGGCCAGGCUUCCACGGCCAAUCGGUUUUGUGUCACAGCCCAACCUCCGGAGGAACGUCCGCCAGUUCAAGCCCGCGAGUCACAAGUGUGAGCUGUCACCGUUCAUGCAUUACAGCCAGAUGCACAGCGUCUGUCGGCCGCUCAAGCCCACCGAGAACAAGUCCAGCGAAGCGGUGUCGCAGCAGGGCUUCCAGGAGUGCACCAAAGGCAGUCAAGGGGACUUCGGACUCGUGAGCAGGAAAACCCGUAUGGAAGACUUCAGGGAAGAAAGCGAAGAAGAAGAAGAAACUGUGGAGACAUCACCAAAGGUCCUGACAGCCGAGGCUCCCUACCCAAGCCUCCCAUCGUCGGCUGCUGUGCUGAACGAAGAAAGCUAUAGCACUGAGAACGGGGUGAAGUCCCUGCUGACUCAACCGAAUCACGCUUACAAGGUGGAAGUGGUGACUAUGACGUGCCCCGUGGUGCAGCACACCCUCACCAUCACCAGCACAAACCUGGCCACUGGAGAAACAACGGUCACUGAAGAGUCGACGGAGUCCCAAGCGGUCCAGGUGCAGUGGAACCCCGACGGCAAGAACAUCAGCAUCGCCACGCCGGACGCCACACCGAAGAGUGGCUGACUCCCGUUGUUUUUUUCAUGUCAGAAUAAAAAGGAAUAGGGCUGCGUGACAUUCACGAACUGCGAUGUUACAGCCUUUUCUCGUAUUUGAGGCCUCUCCGAAACGAACCGGUUGAUACUUCCGAAUAACGAAAUUUUACCGAGUGUAUUGUAUGUUCAUUUUUUGGUCAAUGUACUUUCUCCGGCUGUAUGUUUGAAAUAUUUCAUAGGAGCUCAAUAUUUUGUUAUUUGGGAAAUAAACCUGCUAAGGAAG